AUGCAGGCUGAAGGUUCUUCGAAUGCAAAGAAAGCCAAAGGGCAAAAUAACUGGAAGCAGUUGCCACGGUCCAGCAUCAUUGCUCUGGAGAACAUAAUGGACCUGUCACUCCUAGCUGUUCUUGCUUUGAAGAGGACAGAUAAGAAAGAGAGCCAGGAACAUCUGAACAUGAUGAAAAACAGGUUCCUUGCUCAGUGUGCACAGCUCACAGUUCCAGUGCAGAAACAAAAAGAUUUGAAGAGUUCACCUCACCACCACCAGGAGGAGACCAAGAAGGCAUUGGCUGGAAAGUCGACUUUGAGCCGACUAGAGGAAGACUUGCGGGCAGUGGUCCGUGCUCUGGAGAAUGCUGAGGAGCAGACCAACUCUUUACAGCACACAUGCAGUGUACUGAGAAACCAGGUGGAGGAAGAGGAAGAGAAAGCUAAAGAGAGUUUACAGAUAAGGCAACAGGCAGUUCUUAACCUUCCGCCGCAUCCGCCACAAAAACACAAAACUUCAUCAGAGACAAUGAAAAAAAAUAUAGCAGACAGUGACUCUGAAGCCACUGCACGAAGACUGGGAGAAAUGCUGCAGAAGUCUAAGGCCGUCCAGAACGCACAGGUCCUGCUUCUACACGCACACAAACAUGCUGAUCGACUGUUCAGCUCCGGCUGCAGCACCAUCAGUGGUUCACCUCGUUCAGAGGGAACUUAGCCAAGUCUUUCAUAACACCUGUCUGAAAACAAUGGUUUGAACAAAGUUUACAGGUCUAACUAUUGUAUACACACGCUAUUGGAACACAAUAUAACUUGGUCUCAAUGCAACUCAUUUCCACUUUUUUGACACUAGUUGUGUAAACCAGAUGAUUUUGUUAAAGCUUGAGGAAAAGGAAAGAAAAAUUAAAGAAGUAAAAAUGAGUGAAGUGCCUCUUCACUAUUUGAAAUGCAUUGAGGUGGCAGCCACACUCUGCUUCUCAUCUCAGGUUUUGUGCUUUCUCUUCAGCAUUCAGUUAAAUGUUGUAUUUGUUGUAAAUGUUUUCAUUUACAAUAAUGAUGCAUUUGUUUGUGGUGGAAAGACCGUUCAGAUAUCCAACUUCAUAUUCAGCAUCCUGAAGAAAAGUUUAAACAAACAAACCUACA